GUCACAAAAUUCUGUUUUACAGAGUCUUGGAACACGUUAACUUUGUGUAGUAGUUGAAUUACAUAAAUUGGUCAAUAUGGUAAAAGCCUGGUACAUGGACAAUGAUAAAACCGACCCGCGCGCAGAACAUCAAAGAAACCCGCCGGAAUUUAUUUCUAUUGAAGAAUUACACAAGAAGACCGGCGUAGAGCUGUUUAAAUUAGACUUGAAGACAUAUGAAUCGGAAGGAGUACUUGAAAAGAUAAAGAAGGAUCGCGGAUAUACGUAUGAAGACGAAAUAACUAUUUCCAAAGAAUGUUUACCGGACUACGACGAAAAAUUGAAAUCCUUCUUCACGGAACACUUGCACGCCGAUGAAGAGAUCAGGCUUGUAACAGAAGGCUCUGGAUACUUCGACAUUCGAGACGGACUCGACGAAUGGAUCCGCAUCAAGGUGACCCCCGGGGACCUCAUUAUCAUACCGAGAGGCAGCUACCAUCGCUUUACCCUCGAUAACAAUAAUUACUUGCGAGCUCGUCGCUUGUACGAAGACGAGCCGGGCUGGCUCACGCACAUCCGGCCGGCGGAUGAUAUGGCCUGCCGCAAAAAAUAUGUCGAGCAACAGAAGAGAGGUUUCAGUUCUGAAAAUUGAUUUUUUUAUUUAUCU